GGCGCGGCGGCGGCGGAGGGCGAGCGCCGGCGCGCGGGCGGGCGCACUUUCUCCUCAGCGCCGGGCGGGGGCGGCGGCGGCGGCGACGUCUCCUCCUCAGCGCCCGCCGGACCCUCCGGGAGACGCUGCGCGGCCAGGGCGCUCCGGCUGCGGGGGCGCUGGGGGCGGCGUGACAAGAAUUUCGCCCGCUGACAACUUCUCCUCCGCCGCGUCCCUCCGCCGCCCCUCGGCCCCCGCACCUGGCCGCUCAGCCGGCGGCCACCGCCCGCCCGUCCCGCUCGCGGGGCCCGAGGCCGGGCGCGGGCGGCGGCGGCGGCGGCUCCUCCUCAGCAUGGCCCGGGGCGGCGGCGGCGCGGCGGGCCCGGGGCGGCCGCGGGGGUCCUCGCCCGGCCCCGAGCGGCGGCAGCGGCCCCGGGGAGCCCGCGCGGCGCCCGAGAGCCCCGGCCGGGACGCGGGGGAGCGCGGCGGGCGGCCGGCGACAAAGUUGAGCGCGGGCCGGAGGCGCGGAUGGUGGGCGCUCCUGGCGCUGCAGCUGCACUUGCUCGGGGCGCUGGCUCAAGAAGAUGUUGUGCCGUAUUUUAAAACAGAGCCGGGCCUACCACAGAUUCACCUGGAAGGCAACCGCCUUGUUCUCACCUGCCUUGCUGAAGGGAGCUGGCCUUUAGAGUUCAAGUGGUUGCACAAUGACCGUGAGCUCACCACCUACACCAGCGAAUAUAAGUAUAUUAUCCCGUCUUUACAGAGGCUUGAUGCUGGGUUUUACCGCUGUGUGGUGCGAAACAGGAUGGGAGCUCUCUUGCAGAGAAGAUCAGAAGUUCAAGUCGCAUAUAUGGGAAAUUUCAUGGAUACAGACCAGAGGAAAACGGUGUCUCAAGGACAUACAGUAGUUCUCAACUUACCACCCAUCACCAGCUGCCCAAGACCGCAAGUGACCUGGUUCAGAGAAGGGCACAAGAUCAUUCCCAGCAACAGAAUAGCCAUCACGCUGGAGAACCAACUGGUGAUCCUCGCCGCGACCGCGGGUGACGCCGGGGCUUACUACGCGCAGGCCGUCAACGAGCGGAAUGGGGAGAACAAGACCAGCCCGCUCAUUCACUUGAGUGUCGCAAGAGAGGUUGGCACCCCCGAAACCAUGGCGCCCGUCAUUGUGAUUCCCCCCGGCAACAGAAGUGUGGUGGCCGGGUCCAGUGAGACCACCUUGGAAUGCAUCGCCAAUGCCAGGCCUGUCGAGGAGCUGCAUGUGACCUGGAAGAGGAAUGGGGUGAGGGUCGCCGGGGGGCUCCACAGCCAUGGGAGACGCCUCACCAUCAGCAACCCGACGUCCGCCGACACCGGGAUGUACGUCUGUGAGGCGACGCUGAGAGGACGCGCAUUCAACGCAGCCACAGCGCAAGCCUUUCUGGCUAUCAUAGAGCCACCGUAUUUUACUGCUGAGCCCGAGAGUCGGAUUUUAGCGGAAGUGGAAGAUACCGUGGACAUCGUGUGUCGAGCCAUGGGGGUCCCUCUUCCCACCCUCCAGUGGUACAAGGAUGCCACGUCCAUCGGCAAGCUCCAGGAUCCCCGGUACAAGAUGCUAUCAAGCGGAGGCCUGCGCAUCCAAAAGCUGCGUCCCGAGGACUCGGGGAUCUUCCAGUGCUUUGCCAGUAAUGAAGGAGGGGAGAUCCAGACCUAUACCUACCUGGACGUCACCAAUGUCGCCCCAGCAUUUACUCAGCUUCCGGUGGACACCACGGUCACUGAUGGGAUGACGGCCGUCCUGAGGUGUGAGGUGUCCGGAGCCCCCAAGCCCGCCAUCACAUGGAGGAGAGGAAAACAUAUUUUGGCCAGUGGCUCCGUGCAGAUUCCUAGGUUCAUGCUUCUGGAGUCUGGGGGUCUGCAGAUCGCCCCCGUCUUCCUCCAGGAUGCCGGCAGCUACACCUGCUACGCAGCCAACACGGAGGGGUCCCUGAACGCGUCCGCAGCCCUAACCGUUUGGAAUCGCACGUCCAUCGUUAACCCUCCAGAGGACCGCGUGGUGAUUAAGGGGACCACUGCCACGCUGCACUGCGGAGCCACUCACGACCCCCGGAUUGCCCUCCGCUACAUCUGGAAGAAGGACAACACAGUCAUCACCCCAUCUAGCAGUUCCAGGAUUGUGGUAGAGAAGGAUGGAUCCCUCCUCAUUAGCCAGACAUGGUCUGGUGACAUUGGAGACUACACCUGUGAAAUUGUGUCUGAAGGAGGGAACGACUCCAGGACGGCCCGGCUAGAGGUGAUUGAACUGCCUCACUCACCUCAGAACCUGCUGGCCAACCUGAACUCUUCCCACAGCCACACGGUGAUGCUGUCUUGGGUUCGACCAUUUGAUGGAAACAGCCCAGUGCUUUAUUACAUCGUGGAGCUGUCUGAGAACAACUCUCCAUGGAAAGUACAUCUGUCAAAUGUCGGCCCCGAGAUGACAGGCGUCACCGUGCGCGGCCUGACUCCAGCUCGCACCUAUCAAUUCCGGGUGUGUGCCGUGAAUCAAGUGGGCAAAGGCCAGUACAGCGCAGAGACAGGCAGGUUGAUGUUACCUGAAGAGCCGCCCAGUGCUCCCCCAAAGAAUAUCGUAGCCAGCGGGCGUACCAAUCAGUCCAUCAUGGUCCAGUGGCAGCCGCCCCCAGAAACAGAGCACAAUGGGGUGCUGCGUGGGUACAUCCUCAGGUACCGCCUGGCCGGCUUGCCGGGAGAACACCAGCAGCGCAACAUCACCAGCCCGGAGGUCAACUACUGCCUGGUGACAGAGCUGAUCAUCUGGACACAGUACGAGAUCCAGGUGGCCGCCUACAACGGGGCGGGCCUGGGCGUCUUCAGCAGGGCGGUGACUGAAUACACCCUCCAGGGAGUGCCUACUGCACCCCCACAGAACGUGCAGACGGAAGCUGUGAAUUCCACAACCAUCCAGUUCCUCUGGAACCCUCCGCCUCAGCAGUUCAUCAACGGCAUCAACCAGGGAUACAAGCUCCUCGCGUGGCCAGCUGAGGUCCCUGAGGCCACCACUGUGGUCACCAUUGCGCCAGAUUUCCACGGAGUCCACCAUGGGUAUAUAACGAACCUGAAGAAGUUCACAGCGUACUUCACUUCCGUUCUGUGUUUCACUACUCCGGGGGACGGACCUCCGAGCACGCCUCAGCUCGUCUGGACUCAUGAAGACAAACCAGGAGCUGUGGGACAUCUGAGUUUCACGGAGAUCCUGGACACAUCCCUCAAGGUCAGCUGGCAGGAGCCCCUGGAGAGAAACGGCAUCAUCACAGGCUACCAGGUUUCCUGGGAGGUGUAUGGUCGGAACGGCUCCCGGCUCACCCACUCCCUCAGUAACACGACUCAUGAGUACAAAAUCAAAGGACUGUCGUCGCUCACCACCUACACCAUCGAUGUGGCUGCUGUCACCACCGCGGGGACUGGCCUGGCCACCUCAUCCACCAUUUCUUCUGGAGUGCCCCCAGAGCUCCCUGGCGCCCCGUCUAAUCUGGUCAUUUCCAACAUCAGCCCCCGCUCAGCCACGCUUCAGUUCCGACCGGGCUACGAUGGGAAGACCUCCAUCUCCAGGUGGAUCGUGGAGGGUCAGGUUGGAGCCAUCGGUGAUGAGGAGGAGUGGGUCAGCCUCUACGAGGAGGAGAAUGAGCCCGACGCCCAGAUGUUGGAGAUCCCAAACCUCACACCUUACACUCAUUACAGGUUUCGCAUGAGGCAGGUGAACGUCGUUGGUGCCAGCCCCUUCAGCCAGUCAUCCCGAGUCAUCCAGACCCUGCAGGCCCCCCCUGAUGUGGCCCCCACCAGCCUCACCGUGCGAACGGCCAGCGAGACCAGCCUGCGGCUCCGCUGGGUGCCGCUGCCUGAUUCCCAGUACAAUGGGAACCCCGAGUCGGUGGGCUACAGGAUUAAGUACUGGCGCCCUGACCUUCAGGCCCCGGCACUGGCGCAGGUCAUCCACGACCGGCUGGAAAGGGAGUUCACCAUCGAGGGGCUGGAGGAGUGGACGGAGUACGAGCUCCAGGUGCAGGCGUUCAACGCCAUCGGGGCCGGGCCCUGGAGCAAGGCAGUGCGGGGCCGCACGCGGGAGUCAGUUCCCUCAGCCGCGCCUGAAAACGUGUCUGCUGAGGCCGUCAGCUCCACCCAGAUUUUACUGACGUGGGCUUCGGUGCCCGAACAGGACCAGAAUGGGCUCAUACUGGGUUACAAGAUCCUGUUCCGGGCCAAAGAUCUGGACCCCGAGCCCCGCAGUCAGGUCGUGCGAGGGAACCACACGCAGUCGGCGCUGCUGGCCGGGCUCCGCAAGUUCGUGCUGUACGAGCUGCAGGUGCUGGCGUUCACCCGCAUCGGCAACGGCGUGCCCAGCUCGCCCCUCGUCCUGGAGCGGACCAAGGACGACGCCCCAGGCCCACCAGUAAGGCUCGUGUUCCCAGAAGUGCGACUCACAUCCGUGCGGAUCGUGUGGCAGCCACCGGAAGAGCCCAACGGCAUCGUUCUGGGGUACCAGAUCGCCUACCGCCUGGCCAGCAGUAGCCCCAACACGUUCACCACGGUGGAGGUGGGUGCCACUGUGAGACAGUUCACGGCCACCGAGCUGGCCCCGGAGUCUGCGUACAUCUUCAGGCUGUCAGCCAAGACGAGACAAGGCUGGGGGGAGCCGCUGGAGGCCACCGUCAUCACCACUGAGAAGAGAGAGCGGCCGGCGCCCCCCAGAGAGCUCCUGGUGCCACAGGCCGAAGUGACCGCGCGCAGCCUCCGGCUCCAGUGGGUCCCGGGCAGCGACGGGGCCUCCCCCAUCCGCUACUUCACCGUGCAGGUGCGAGAGCUGCCCAGGGGCGAGUGGCAGACCUACUCCUCAUCCGUCAGCCAUGAGGCCACAGCCUGUGCUGUCGAAAGGCUGAGACCCUUCACUUCCUACAAGCUGCGCCUGAAAGCGACCAAUGACAUCGGCGACAGUGACUUCAGUGCGGAGACGGAUGCAGUGACCACGUUGCAGGACGUUCCGGGAGAGCCUCCAAGUUUCAUCUCGGUGACACCGCACACCACCUCCUCUGUCCUGAUCCAGUGGCGGCCUCCAAGGGAUGAGAGCCUGAACGGCCUUCUUCAGGGUUACCGGAUCUACUACCGGGAGCUGGAGUCCGAGGCAUCCUCAGCCACCGUGUCCAAGACGCUCAAAACCCCUUCGGCUUUACGGGCCGAGCUUGCAGCCCAAAGCAGCUUCAAGACCGUGAACAGCAGCUCCACAUUAACGACGUAUGAAUUAACACGUUUGAAGAGGUACCGGCGCUACGAGGUCAUCCUGACGGCCUACAACAUCAUCGGCGAGAGCCCAGCCAGCGCGCCCGUGGAGGUGUUCGUCGGCGAGGCUGCCCCGGCCAUGGCUCCGCAGAACAUCCAGGUGACCCCGCUCACGGCCAGCCAGCUGGAGGUCUCAUGGGACCCACCGCCACUAGAAAGCCAGAAUGGGAACAUCCAGGGCUACAAGGUUUACUACUGGGAGGCAGACAGCCAGAACGAAACAGAAAAGAUGAAGGUUCUGUUCCUGCCGGAGACCGUGCUGAAGCUGAAGAACCUGACCAGCCACACCCAGUACCUGGUCAGCAUCUCCGCCUUCAAUGCGGCGGGAGACGGGCCGCAGAGCGACCCCCGGCAGGGGCGCACCCAUCAGGCCGCUCCCGGGACCCCCAGCUUUUUGGCGUUCUCAGAAAUAACCUCUACCACGCUUAACGUCUCAUGGGGCGAACCGGCAGCAGCCAACGGCAUCCUGCAGGGCUACCGAGUGGUCUAUGAGCCCUUAGCACCAGUCCAAGGAGUGAGCAAGGUGGUGACAGUGGACGUGAAGGGGAACUGGCGCCGCUGGCUGAAGGUGCGCGAUCUCACCAAGGGAGUCACCUACUUCUUCCGCGUGCAGGCACGGACCAUCGCCUACGGGCCCGAGCUGCAAGCCAACGUCACGGCCGGGCCAGCAGAGGGUUCCCCAGGGUCCCCCAGAGAUGUCUUGGUCACCAAGUCAGCCUCUGAACUGACCCUGCAGUGGACCGAGGGGAACGCAGGCAGGACGCCCACCACUGGCUAUGUCAUCGAGGCCAGGCCCUCAGAUGAAGGCCUCUGGGACGUGUUCGCGAAGGACAUCCCCCGAGGCGCCACGUCCUACACUGUCAGCCUGGACAAGCUCAGGCAGGGAGUGACCUACGAGUUCCGGGUGGUAGCUGUGAACCAGGCAGGCUAUGGGGAGCCCAGCAGCCCCUCCACGGCCGUGUCAGCUCAAGUGGAAACCCCGUUCUACCAGGAGUGGUGGUUCCUGCUGGUGAUGGCACUUUCCAGCCUGAUCGUCAUCCUGCUGCUGGUGUUUGCCCUGGUCUUGCACGGACAGAACCGGAGAUACAGGAGCUGCAGCACAGGUAAGAGCAUCUCCAACAUGGAGGAGACCGUGACCCUGGACAACGGAGGGUUUGCUGCCUUGGAGCUCAACAGCCGUCACCUCAAUGUCAAGAACACCUUCUCGAAGAAGAACGGGACCAGGUCCCCACCCCGGCCCAGCCCCGGUGGUCUGCACUACUCAGACGAGGACAUCUGCAACAAGUACAACGGAGCUGUGCUGACCGAGAGCGCCAACCUUAAGGAGAAGUCGGUGGACGCUUCGGAAUCCGAGGGCACUGACUCCGAGUCCGAGGAUGCACCCCCCCAGCACUCCUUCGUCAACCACUACAUGAGCGACCCCACCUACUACAACUCGUGGAAGCGGCGGGCCCCGGGCGGCCGUGCCCCGCACAGGUACGAGGCUGUGGCGGGCAGCGAGGCGGGGCCACACCUGCACACAGUGGUCACCACGCAGAGUGCCGUGUUUGCGCCCAUGGGCCCUGGCGCCCGGACUCCACUCACGGGCUUCUCUUCCUUCGUGUGACGGCCCCAGCGGGGCCUCAGCGGACCUCCCAGCCUCCUUUUGUUAAGACAAUCAACUCCAAUAACUGAGCUCAAGCUUUUGUUUAAAGAGAAUUCUGAUAAGUGAUGAUUUUACCUACUUGUGGACACUAGAUUUCAAUUAGGAAGGUAUUUUUAACGGCUUUUUGUAACAUCGCUGCAGGAAGCGGGUUUCUUUGUUUUCUUUUCUUUUUACGAGAAGGUGUAUUUCAGUGGUGCAAUGGUGGGAAGGCCUCAGACCCCCGAGCCCCCCAGCCCCGGGUUUCUCGAUCCCGAUGCCUGACUAGGGAGGCUGCGGGGGGAGGAAGAGCGGGGAUCCAGGGAGCUGUCCGCCCGCAUCCAGGGUGCUCCUUCCUCUUCUCUACCUCCUGUGCCUCCAGAGAACCAGUCGCACGCCAGGGUCCCCAUCGGUCACACCGACCAGCUGCGCUCUCGCCACCUCCUGGGGCCACAGAGUGAAGUCUGCCCUGGGCUGGGCCCUUUUCCACCUGACGGCAUCCACCUCUGAAAUAUUCUCCCUCCGCAGUUUCUAGGCAAGGAAUCAGCAUCCAGGUUCCUGGCAAGGGGGCAAGAGAUUGAGAGGUGGGGUCCUCAGACCCGGCGAUGACUCCGUUGGUCUCACCCUGUGUCAUUGCAGUGGUGAAACACCGGGGCUUUUUCUUCCUUUCUCUCCUUAAACCCAACGGUGCAGAGCAGGAAACCACCCCCCGGGGCCGGAAGCCGCCACGCUGGCCCUCACUUAGCGAGCUAGCUCCUUCCCGAGAACACAGCACACGGCCAACCCUGCUAACCCAGAGAGAACCAGACGGCGCUUGCAGAAUAAUUGCUUGUUGUGUAAGACGUGUGCAUUGUUAACCAGAGUAUUUUUUAAAUCUUUUUAUCUUUUUUUAAAAUAUGUCACAUGAAAUGAAUGAGUCUCUGCUGUCUCCAGGUGCCUUUUUAUUAAUUGUUUAGCUUUGUACAUGAGAAAGACGACAAGCAUCAGUGUCUCCAAAUAAAGCAAAACAGCUCUGAGCAAACGAGGCCCCAGCUUGCCUCCUCCUCGCCAGGCCUCCUGCGCAGGUAGGCUCCGGCCUGCCUCCGAGCACUGCCCCCGGGGUCUGCUUGCUCCGCCCACUGCACACUGCCUUGACCACCUGUGCUGCUGCUGUCCCCGCCCCCGACCCCAGCCCAGCUUCUAGCCUUAAAGGGUUUUCUGGAAACGUUUUAUUUCUUUCCCCCUUUGCUAUUGUUUUGUUUUCGUUUUUAGCUACAUGAAAAUAGCAUGAACUAUGUUGAAAAAUCAAGAGUCCAAACUGUAGCUGUGGCCCAGCCGUCACAUUAUUCUUGCAAGAGGGUUUAAUGUGGCCGACUCUCCAGGCCAGAGCCUAGGUCCAGGUGUACGCUGUGAGCCGCUAAUGCCAGCCCGAGUGUGCCCAGAGCUCGGGGAUGGCCCAGUGUCCCCACCUCACCAGAAGGAGUGUGGCCAUGACACUGUCCAGCCAUUCUAUUGACACCCCCAAGGCCCAGGGGAGCGAGGCAGGUGCCCUUCUCCCAGGUGACCUGCGGUGCCCUGAGGGUGGGGGAGCCCAUCUCCGGGCCACGUGGAGAGCUCAUGGUGCCUACUCCACUGUUUUCCUUCUACACCUCCAUGGCAGCCUCUGCUUUCAGAGAGGCUGCCUGUGGCCCCAGGAGACCGAGGAGAGUUUUGUGUUGGGUGAAAAGCCCCUUUUCAGUUUUUCCGAAAACUAGAGGGUAUGCAAAGGUUCCUUUCUCUCUCUCUCAAUCCCCUCCUUUUCCUUCCCUCCCUUGCUGCCUUUGUUUUUUGAGUGGAGGCAGAAAUAUUCUAAACCAAAAAUCCUAGACGCUCUGCCCAAAGCCACCUGUGUGUGAGAAUCACCCACCGCAGUUCACUGGACAGGAUGCCCCUCGGGUCCAGAGCCUCCACUCCUUCCUCUCCGCGUCUCCACCACCGGGAAAGGGGGCAGGAAACCUCGAGGCUGCAAGCGGAACUUCUUGGAAGAACUCGGACAAACCCUGCCUCCUGUGCACUUCGCUCUCUAAGCCAUAUGGACUUUGCUUUAAAUAAUGGGGGAAAGUGUUAGGACGUGUUGGAAUGAGAACGAUUUGGUUUGAGUUGUGUUCUUUGGUUUGCGGGUUUCUGCUGCGACAUGACAUUUUUGGGGGGGGGUUCCUUCUCUUCCUUGAGCUUUCUCUACCUUCCCUGAACUUGCUUUUUGUGGAACUGAGGCACCGCAGGCUGUGGAUGGACUGUCAGCAUCCACCCUCCAGCUGGGCCCUCGGGAGAGGUUGCACCAGGGGAAGGGAGGUUUCCAGUCUGGUUUCGGCCUCCUCCAGCAGUGCGCGCCUGGACCAGCGUCACUUCCCGGCCUCUCACCUUAACGGAGGAAAAACAAAAUAUCUCACACGAACAAGCAACAUUUCUUUAACCAAGACAAAAGGGAAAGUCUGCCGCUGGUCUUCCUCCUUAGUGACGUCAUCCAGGUGCUCUCCAGUAGCUGAGCCCCGCCCAUGCACGCCCUCGGGUGGGUCCCUGGAGACUGCUCCGACAGGUGAGCAAGAAUGAACCCGCUAAGCGGCCAGGAGGGGCCGGGCUCUCUGUUGGAGCCGCAGGGCUGGGCAUGCACCAGGCUGCCCCUUUCCGCUGGGCACCAGCUUUCCCAGACAGGUAAGCGGCGGGGCAGCUGCAGGCAGUCCCCACACCUAGCCGGCGUGAACCACAUCAUCAUGGCCUCACCACCUCUUCCUGGAUAAACAGGCCCACACCGAUCCCCUCCUCCCCCCAGCCUUCCCCUCCACUGCUCUCACUGUCAUACUUUUAAGAAGUACCCGAGAAAAUGUCGUAGCAGAGGACGGUGUGGCCUAGGGCAACGAGGGGACCCAUGCCCCCACGAGCGCGGGACGAGGCCACACCGCCAGGAGGAAGGGUCGUGCGCGCGCUCUGUAAACGUCUUUGGAUUCUGGGCUUGUACUUGAUCACGACUGGACUGAAGCAUGGUGUUUGCGUAACGGAUCGUAGCAUGGUUUCUAGUUUUUACAAACUCUUGGCACACAGUGUAGUUAUUCUCCCAAUGAGCAAUCCAUCCGCGUAUCCCAAGCUGGCUGUCCUUAACGCAGCAUCCCUGUAGCAUGAACAGGGUCGGGAAGGCAGAACCACCGCAGCCAUCCGUGAACCGAGCUAGUCCGCGGAGGCACCCCUUAUCACCACCCCCAACAUCGCCUUCUGGGUUAUCCAGAGCUUAGGUCACUCCUGGAGUUUUCCCGACAACGUUUUCUGGAAUUGUGCAGAAAACCAGAUCUCAUUUUAAAAAAAAGAAAGAAAAGAAAAAAGAAAAAAAAAAAAAACUUGUAGGAAGACAGAGAGGUGCUAUGGGUACGAUUUUUAAUAAAAACAUCAUUUUGUUCCUUA